UUGUUAAGUUCUACGGGUUUGUUUUUCAGUUUUGCUGGCGUUCCCAGACGCUUUCAGAGACUGGAGCUGGAACUUGCCAUCAGAAUUUUCUGGGAGACCCAGCUUAAGAGCGAGUUUAGAACAUCUGAGGUUCAUUUAUGUGAAAAGGCACUUAAGAGCACAGGGACAAGUGCUCAUUUCAGUGUGCGCAAAGUGGUGACACUGAAGCCAUGGGACCAAGGAAGAAGACUUCUAAACUUCAGUCCUCAGUAGGCAGUAUUGUGGAGGAACACGCCCUGACAUCCUUUGAACGCAAGGACUACAUCAAUGAGCUGUCCCAUGAAGUUCUCUGUCAUAUUUUCAGGUACCUUCCCAUGAAGGAUAUCAUGUGUAUGGAGUGUUUGUCUAGAAAGCUUCGAGAAGCUGUAAGUCUGUACCUGAGAGUAAUCAAAAUAGUGGAUCUUUGUGCUGGUCGCUGGUGGGAGUACAUGCCUUCAGGUUUUACAGAUAGAAGCUUUUUGAUUCUUUUGAAGAAGAUGCCUGACUUGGAACAGCUAUAUGGUCUCCACCCUCGGUACCUGGAAAGGAGACGUGUCAGAGGUUAUGAAGCUUUCAGUAUUCCUGGAGUACUGGAGGCACUACAAGCAUGUCCUAAUCUACUGGGUCUUGAGACUUCCCAUCUAGAGCUAGUGGAAGCCAUUUGGAACUACAUGCCUCAAGUUCACAUUCUAGGAAAGUUUCGCAACCGAAAUGGGGCUUUUCCAAUUCCUGCUGAAAAUAAACUUACCAUCCCUGUAACUGCAAAACUCCAGACACUACACCUUGUGGGUGUGAAUGUUCCAGAGAUUCCAUGUGUGUCUAUGCUACGACACCUGUACCUGAAGUGGGUCCGUCUCACCAAGCCACAACCAUUUAAGGACUUUUUGUGUGUGAACCUGAGAUCUUUUGUGAUGAGGAAUUGUGCAGGACCAACCAAUUCCCUGAAAUAUGUUCCACUGGUUACGGGCUUGGCAUCAGCCCGGAACUUGGAGCAACUGGAGCUAGUGAGGGUUCCUUUCCUGGGAGGCCUUAUCCAACAUGUGGUGGAGGAUAGCUGGAGGUCAGGAGGAUUUAGAAACCUUCACACCAUUGUGUUUGGAGCUUGCAAGAAUGCCUUGGAAGUGGACUUGGGCUACCUCAUUAUCACUGCUGCCCGCAGGCUUCAUGAACUGCGAAUCCAGCCUUCACUUACUAAAGAUGGAGUUUUCUCAGCUCUCAAAAUGGCCGAACUUGAGUUCCCCCAGUUUGAGACGCUCCAUUUGGGAUAUGUGGAUGAUUUUCUUCUGCAAUGUAAGAUGAGUCACUUGGAGCUGGUGAAAUAUGGCCUAGCUGAUGUCAUUGAGAAUCCUGGCAUCAUCACGGAUAUCGGUAUCAAGGUGGUAAAUGAGGUGUUCACUAAUAUUAAAUAUCUGCUUAUCUACAACUGUCCUCACCUUCAUAACCCUCAUCAGUGGAUCACAGAUCACUCCAGAUGGAGCCGUCUUGUUGACCUUACUUUGGUUCGUUGUCAUGCCAUCAGGUUGGAAUCUUUCUGCCACUUCGUAGAGUUACUUCCCUGUUUGGAGUUCAUCUGCUUGGACCAAAUGUUCAGAGAGCCACCUAAGGGCUGCGCCAGAGUGGGCCUGAGUGCAGGAACUGGUAUUGGUGUGUCAUCUGCACUUGUGAGCAACCAGAAUGCCAGCAAUGACAAUAAUCAGCACCAUCACCCCAAUGAGGCCAAUAUGCCUCCAGCUCCUCCACCUGUCAACAAUAUCAAUAACAACCAAAGGCAGCAGGAACAUGAUGAGCCGCUAGAAAUAAAUGGAUUGCAGGAAGAAGAUGAAGAAGAAGUGGACGAGGUUGCAUAUGAGGAAGAGAAAAUGGAGAUAGAGCCUCAUAUAGACAUAAAAGAAGCAGAAGAUGGAAUAGGGAUAGAAAAUAUGGCAGGCCCCAUUUGUCAAGCUGGAACAUCACAACCUCCUGAUGAGGAACAAGCAGGUCCCAGUGGUGUGAACCAUCGGUGUAGAACCGCUAGUGCUGUUGCUCCUAAGCUUCCAUCGGCUGUCUCAGACUCUGAUAGUGAUGAAGAGGAAGGCCUCGUUUCCAGGCUAAUACCACCUACCUGUUUGCAGGAGCCAGUAUCCUGUGCAAAAGGUAAAGGAAAGACUCCUCUACGACGAUGCAAAAGCGUUCCUGUCUCUGAUCAGGGAAAGGUUCAGGUGACACAGCGCACCUGUGAGAAGAGCUGUCAGGUGACCAGUGAACAGAUCAAGGCAGACAUAAAGGCUGCUACAGAGAACUGCAGGAGAUCUGGAAAUAAAGAAAAGACCUCUGAGAUUGUUGGGAGCACUGUGAGACAAAGAGCUGACAGUGGGCAAGUUCAAAUCACUGGGGCAGCAUCAAGCAGCAGAACAAGACCCAUAACUGGAUCUUUGAGCAGGGUCGAAGCUGAUACAGCUCCCUCCGGACAUGUGGAUGGAUUUGGGAGGAUAACUAACCAGAACACCUGCAGACCAACCACUUACAGAUCUACUUCAUGCAGUAGGACUGAAUGUGCCAAGUCUGACAUGCAGACUGAGGACAGUUUCACAAGUGAGAAAGGGGAGAGUGCUGGACCUGUCGGUGUGGGAUGCAUGACAUCAGGCUGUUCUUCUUCUGGGACAUCAGCACAGCAGGAAAGACACGGAGGCAGACAGCCAACCAAUGCUGGGAUACCGUCUGUUAUUUGCUCCCAGCAUAAUGAGGACGGUCAGGACUUUGUUCCAAGGCGGCCUUUAACAAGAUCUUGCACCCACACAUCUUUGGAGUCUUUGGAACCUACAUCAGAUCUUUCAAAAGCCAGGCCUCGAGUAGCAGUGAGGAGGAAACGGAUGGCUGACAAAUCAACCAGCACCUCUGACCCAGUCACUGAGGACGAUCAUAUACAAGUUUUGUCUCUGAAGAGUAAGAAUCUGGUGGGCAUCACUCUGACCAACUGUGGAAUCACGGACCUGGUCCUCAAAGACUGUCCCAAAAUGAUGUUCAUUCAUGUGUUCCACAACCAGGACGAAAACCACACUGCUCUUAAUCAAUCCAAGGUUCAACUAUCCGACGGACCCUCCUCUCCACAACCCCUGAAACAGACCUUUUACUCCACUAGAUGUCGUGUUUUGAAGCAGUUGAAAAUAGAAAGGGCACCCAUAGUCAAUAGAUUUGACUUUGCUCAAUGUAAGAAGCUUGACAUGGACCAGGUUCUGGAUCAGAUACUAAGAAUGCCACCUGAGAGAAACCGUAUUAUCUACAUGCGUCCUAUGCAGCAGAUUGACUCGAUAGCACUGGAGCGUCAGCUAUUCCAGGGACCAUAUCCCUAUCAUAUUGCUGUUGUGCAUGAAUUCAGCAAUCCACCAAAUAUACACAACAAAGUCCGCAUUCGGAGCUGGAUGGACACAAUAGCUAAUAUCUGCCAAGAGUUAAUAAAGUAUGAAUUUUUCCCAGAAACCACAAGAAAAGAUGAUGUGAAUAUGUAUCCCAAAUACCCAUGGGGUCGGGACAUCUACACACUGGAGGGAAUUGUUGAUGGAGCGCCCUACAGCAUGAUAACAGAUUUUCCCUGGCUAAGGACACUGAGAGCAGCUGAUCCCAACAGCUAUGCCCGCUGUGACUUUGAGGAUGAUGAAAGCACCACCAUCUAUGCUCCGCGGCGUAAAGGGCAGCUGUCUGCUGACAUCUGCAUGGAAACCAUUGGUGAGGAGAUCUCGGAGUGCAGGCAGAGCAAGAAAGGAGUGUUCCAAAGAGUGGUAGUUCUCUUCCUUCAUCACUGUGAUAUGCCCGGAGAGCCUGUGGAUGAUGACUAUAUCUAGAUGUAGAAGAAUUCUCAACUUCAGGGUUCUGACCUAAAGAUGUUUCAAAUGGAAUUAUAACUUUGGAAAACUGGUCUGGCCUUUGUCUCUCAGCAUAAAAUUGAAUAAGAUGGCUGAAUGACUUUGUUACUGUUAUGUAAAAAAAAAAAAAGAUACGCCAGCCAGCAGAUGUUAUGGGGGAACAGUAGCUUGUGUUGAACAACUGAAGUACUGAACCUACAACGUUGUUUACAUCCAGAUAAAAUUUAAGGUUAAAACUGUAUGGUUUCAAUUCUGAUUAUUUUUCAUAGUUGCUCUGAUCUUGCUUCCUACUUGAAAAUUAGCCUUUCAUUUAUUAUUUUUUGUUCAUCUUUGGAGUUUAUUUUUUUCUCCCUCUUUAUGAUUUGGAUAUUUUAAAAUGCUGAGGCCUUGAUUCAAAGUUGUAUUGCAUCAUGGGGAAGUUGGAGACCUCGGUAUAAAUUUACUUUGUAUAUUUGUUUGUUUGUGUAUGUUUGGACAUUCAACUGAACCAAAUGUAAGUACUAAGGUAGUUCUUGUUUACAGAAAAUGGCAGGUUACAUUGGUGAAUCAACCCUAUUCUCACUGGAAUCCUUAAUUUGGCUUUAGAACAAUACAGAUUUUUUUUUUUGAUUUUUUUUUUUUUAAGGUUUCUAGACUUUUUCAGGUUUUCUAUUGAAUCUGACUUUUGACUCAUUUUCCAUUGGAUGUUUUUACUCUCAAAUUGUUAGUUAUUUAUUAAUAGAAUACACUUAAUUUCAAGAUAUGAACCUGAGUUGAUUCCCCCACCCCCAGGACUCAAGAUUUUUUAUUCUCAUUGCUGUGCACAUUAUGACAGAUUGAGAUUUAAUGGUCUUUUGAAAUAAAUCAUGUUAAAAGCCAUAUAAACUGUUUUUCCUGGACAUAUAUUUUUGCAUGUUUUUUGUAAACAUUGAAUCAAAAAUGUUUGCAGCAUAAAUAUUAAUCUGAAUUGAAGAGCUAGCUAACUUUAAUGUAUGUAUAUAUGUAUGUGGGUAUGGAAAGUAUUCCAUAAAUUUUUCACUCUUU